AUGUCUAGCCCUGAUAUCACCUUGUAUACAACCCAGACUCCCAAUGGAAUCAAGAUAUCCAUUGCUUUGGAGGAACUUGGACUCCCCUACAAAGUCGAGAAGAUUGACAUCAGCAAGAACGUUCAGAAAGAGCCCUGGUUCCUCGAAAUAAACCCCAACGGCCGCAUCCCCGCGCUCACAGACACAUUCAAGGACGGCAAGAAGAUCCGCCUCUUCGAAUCCGGCAGUAUCCUCACCUACCUCGCGGAGCAAUACGACAAGGACCACAAGAUCUCAUACCCCCAGGGCACCCGCGAGUACUACGAGACAAUCAGCUGGCUAUACUUCCAAAAUGCCGGCGUUGGCCCAAUGCAGGGCCAGGCGAACCACUUCUCGCGGUACGCGCCCGAGCGCAUCGAGUACGGCGUGAACCGGUACGUGAAUGAGACGAGGCGGCUAUACGGUGUUCUGGAUGCGCAUCUGGCGCAGUCAAAGAGCGGGUUCCUGGUGGGUGAUCAUAUUACGAUUGCGGAUAUCUCGCACUGGGGGUGGGUUGCUGCUGCGGGAUGGGCGGGAAUUGAUAUUGAGGAGUUCCCGCAUCUGAAGGCUUGGGAAGAGAAGCUGGCGGCUAGGGAGGGGGUUGAGAAGGGGAGACACGUGCCUAAUCCGCAUACGAUCAAGGAUUUGUUGAAGGAUAAGAAGAAGGCUGACGAGGAGGCUGCGAAGGCCAGGGCUUGGGUGCAGGAUGGAAUGAAGAAGGAUGCUAAAUAG